CGCCUCCUUCGAGCGGGGCCCAGGCCCAGCCGCCGCCACCGCAGCCGCCGCGGAGCUCCGCCGCCGCCGAGCACCAUGGGAGACGCCGGGAGCGAGCGCAGCAAAGCGCCCAGCCUGCCGCCUCGCUGUCCCUGCGGCUUCUGGGGGUCCAGCAAGACUAUGAAUCUCUGUUCCAAAUGCUUUGCUGAUUUUCAAAAGAAACAGCCAGACGAUGAUUCCGCUCCAAGUACAAGUAACAGCCAAUCAGAUUUGUUUUCCGAAGAGACCACCAGUGACAACAACAAUACCUCUAUAACCACGCCAACUCUUAGUCCCAGCCAGCAGCCGCUUCCGACAGAAUUGAAUGUAACUUCACCAAGUAAAGAGGAGUGUGGGCCAUGCACAGACACAGCUCAUGUCUCGUUAAUCACACCAACCAAAAGAUCCUGUGGUACAGAUUCACAGUCUGAGAAUGAGGCUUCGCCAGUGAAACGGGCACGACUACUGGAGAAUACCGAACGACCUGAGGAAACCAGCCGAUCUAAACAGAAGAGUCGACGUCGGUGCUUCCAGUGCCAAACCAAACUGGAGCUGGUGCAGCAGGAAUUGGGAUCCUGCCGCUGCGGUUAUGUGUUCUGUAUGUUACAUCGCCUCCCCGAGCAGCAUGACUGUACGUUCGACCACAUGGGCCGCGGCCGAGAGGAAGCCAUCAUGAAAAUGGUGAAACUGGACCGGAAAGUGGGGCGCUCCUGCCAGCGCAUUGGGGAGGGGUGCUCCUGAAGGCCAGGCACGGCCGCCACAUGACGCUGUUCUUAGUUCACUAAUGUUAGCCUUAUUUAGGACAAAGUCAGCCAGACACCUUGUACUGGGCACGCGUCAGACUACAGCCAGUCCGUUUCCUUUCUUUAGCCAGCCGUCCUGGUACUGUAGUUUAGGGGUUGAUGGUGGUUGAAAUUGAUUUCUGGCUGGUUACUAAGGUGCCUGCUAGCCAUUGUAUAAAAUUAAAACAUGAAGAAUAUUUUUUUUUGAGCAUGGCUAGUGGAUUUAAAACAACACAUACCUGUCACUGCUGGAGUCAAACUUAUAAAAAGCCUUAAGCGGAAAGUGUUCCAGAUGGAGACUCUUGAGUUAAUAGAGGAGUAGAAGCUGGUGUUAAAGUUCCCAUGACGCACAUGGCUUUGCCAGAAACUCUGGUUAAUGUUCGGCCUUUCACCUCUUCACUUAUCCUUAGUCCCAGUAGCCAGGAUACCUGAUGGCCACGCGUGCCUUGGCCACAGGAGGCUUUUGAGACUGGCCAUGUGGCUGGGCUGGGUGGUGGCUUCGCUCUCCCACAAAGCUGGAAAUGGGGGUGGGGUGGUAGGUUCUUAGGAAAAUUUUUUUACCUGACUUGCUAUGAAAAAAACUCUCUCAGCACAUGAGAAGAGAAAGAAUAACCUCACUUUGAAAAUUAGCUCCACUCAAGACUAGUCCAUGUACGAGACCCAUCUUUUCUAUAUAGGACCCACGGUCAUGAGAAGCUCCAGGGGCGCACCCUGACCCCACUGGCUCUGGUUUGCCAUUUGCCAAGUGCAGGGAUCUGGCAAUUGAUCAAAUAAGGCUAAUUACAGCACAGCAGCUGCGGCUGGGAUCUAUGGACUGGCCUCUGCAGCUAGAUUUCUAUAUUGGGAGUUUUUAAAAAGACAUUUCAUAGCCAACGGGAAUCAGUAGAAGGGCUGGGGGGGAGCAUGUGGGAUGCUGCCGCCCACAACCUCUGCCCCCUCCAGUGGCCGCCUGCCCAGCCCUUUCGGGGCCAAGAAGAUGAUGCCAUGACCCAGCCCCUUGGUCUGUGCAGCUCCACAGUCCAGGGGAAGACCUCUACCACAUAGCAAGUUUAGGAAGGGGAGGCAGCCUGCGUGACAGGGGCAGCGGGGUGAUCUGUCUAGAACAGUGGUUCGUGGCCAUGGCCCAGUUCUGAGUGAGACAUUUGCUCUGCACGGGGGGUGGGAGGCCAUAUUUCUCAGCCCGUGCCUCUUCCUGCAGGUAGAGAGGAGUCGGUAGCUGUGGUAGCUCAGGCCAGGUGGGGAGGGUGGAUAUGGGCCUGUUUGCCCGAGUUAGGGAAUCAUCACCGAUCUGAUGGGGGCAGGGAGGGGAGACAGGAUUAAGAUUCUCUGGAAGGCCUGAACAGAGUGGAAUGGGCCAGAGACCCCGUCUGGUCCGGGCUGGUGAGAGUCCCAGGCUCCUACAAAGGUGGCUUGGAUCUGCCCACAUACAGGCUCCUGGAAUAGCUUAACCCAGCAAACUUUCCCUUUUAUACCACGACCAACAGUUCGACUCUGCAGUUCACAGCCAAACACCUGCAACUACAAAUGUUUUUUGAUCCGGAAUACUGAAAUAGGAAAUCAUGCUCUUACCAACCUCUUCCUCCCAUCCCACCCCCACCAGAGUGGAAUCCGCUGCAAAAUCUCCAGCCUUAUUCUUGCUUCAGGACCCAGACCGGUGUCUUGCUCCAGGGCAGCCCAGGGCAGAGGGGCCGGGUCUGCCUGCGUUUACCACUGUUGUCAAGCCACGGCCCUCUGGCCAGUACAUGGCCAUCCUCAGUGAGGCGGCCUGUCUAGGCCCCCGUCAAGCUCUGAUCCUGAAGAGGGCCCCCCUUGCCCCCCCGCUCUCUUCCGGCCCUCCUCAGGCCCCACCGCUGCUGCUUUGAGGCAGGGAUGGGAGCAGGCUCUCCAGGGAGCCCAGUGGCACACAGGGCUCGCAGCCCAUGUUCACUUCCUGAUGGUAGAGCUGGGGGUGGGGGGAGGGCUUGUUCCCCUGCAGUAUCUGUUCUGUGAAGUUUGUUAAAUGUAAGGAAAGCUUAAAUUCUUGUAUCUUUAAAAGAGAAGAUCUUAUUUAACCCUUUUGUGUUUUAGAUUUACUUACACACAUAGCCUAGAGCUCAGUUUUAGUUUUAACAUUGUGAAAAUAUUAAAAGAAUCUUGUAACUUUA